AUGGAACAAACUCAAGAGAAGAAUUUUGUUUGCAAGUUUUGCAACAAGAGGUAUCCAUGUGGGAAGUCCUUAGGUGGCCACAUAAGAACUCAUAUGAACAAUGACGAUUGUGGUGAAUUGGAGACAGUGCCAUCAGCUGAACUGUUCUCAGUAAACAAGAUUCUCUCUAAUGGAAGAAUCAUCAAGAGAGUCGCCGAAGCUGAAGCCGAUGGCCAAACCGCAGCAGCUUAUGGUCUGAGAGAGAACCCCAAGAAAACCAAGAAAUUCUCUGAUUCGGGCAACGCGCAGUUGCUCAAAGAGAUGAUUUGCAAAAAAUGCGGUAAGCGUUUCCAUUCAUUGAAAGCUCUUUGCGGUCACAUGGCUUGCCAUUCGGAGAAAGAGAGGAUCUUCGUUGAGAAACAGAAGAUGGUAAUGGAUGGUCAGUCCAACACCGAAACAUCGUCGACUCCGAGUAAGAGGAGGAAAUCUAAAAGUAUAAUGUACAAAGCAAAUGGUGUUUAUUCUAACAAUUCUGUUUCUUUGGCGAAUGGUUCUUCAUCUGUGUCCGAGAUUGAACAAGAGCAAGAAGAGGUUGCAAUGUGUUUGAUGAUGCUGUCGAGGGAUUCCGCAGGUUGUUGUAAGAAGGGAUUGAAUUCGACCGCCGACUCUUCCGAUAACUACUCCGUCAUCUUGGAAGCUAAAUCAUUGUCAAAUGAAAUGAAAUGUGUUUCCGACAACGGUGAUUACUUGCAGAUGAAGAAACAAAGAGACAACAAGUUGAAAUCUGCCGAGUAUGGUUCUUCUUCCGAGAGAUCGGAUUCUUCGUAUUUCAGGCAUGGACCCAAGAAAGUGGAAUUUGAGGACUUCGAUUCGAAGCUCCGGAAGAGUUUGAGUAAGUUCAAGAGUUUGAACAAUGAAUUCCCAAAGGAUAACAAUCUUGCAAAUAGAGGCUUGAAUAAGUAUGAUUUGAGAAGAUCAAAUGCCAAGAAUGGUGAUUAUUACACUCAUGAAGUUUUCUGCAACAAUUCACCAAAAGGAAGCAAAUAUGAGUGUUUGACCUGCAACAAGGCCUUUGAUUCUCACAGGGCACUUGGGGGACACAGAGCAACACAAACAAAAGCCAAUGACUGCAACGAAGAUAGCUUAACGAAUGAUAGCUUCAUUGUUCCAAUGACUGAUACCAAAAUGACCAAGUCAUCACUACAUGGCAGAACCCUAAAUACUUAUCGUGGUUCUUCGUCCGGCAAUGCCGAGAAAAGAUUGUUAUCAAAGAAAAACAAGGGACACCAGUGCCCAUUUUGCUUCAGGGUUUUCAAGUCAGGCCAAGCUUUAGGUGGUCAUAAAAGGUCCCAUUUUGUUGGAGGCGCAGAAGAUAGAACGUUGGUGAUCAAGCAAGACUCACCAGAUAUGUCCACUGCCACAGUAAUUGAUCUUAACCUUCCGGCUCCUGUCGAGGACGAUGCAACGGGGAAUGUCGGGUUUUCACCAUGGAAGAUGUGA